ACAGGACUCGGCUCAAUGCUCAUUGGACGGUCUGUAAACACUGGACCAGAAUUUGAGGUGGGUAGAUAUCAUGUGGAGCCCCACACGGUGACAGCGCCAUAAUAAGAUUUUCCCUGCUCGCACCAAGCCGCUACUAGCAUAAAGAUGCCCGUCUCGUUCGCCCAGCCUGGCUCUGAUGGCACUCUCGUCGAUGUUGAUCUCGAAAUUGUCUCCGCAAAGGGGAUCACUGCCGGUGACUACCUCGGUCUGGGGGCUGCUCUCAAGGGCAGUCUAUCCUCGAGCGAUGCCUACGUCACGAUCGAGAUCGACGGCAAUCUGGUGGCCUGGACGCGUCCUAUCUUCGAUACCCUCGAGCCCGAAUGGAACGAGAAGUUUUUGUUCAAGAACGUUCAGCAAAACUCAACGUUCAAGUUAACCUUAUUUGACAAGGACAUCGACGCCGACGACGAGCUGGGAGCAGCACAGUUCAACACCAUCCACACAAUUUACGAUACGGAAACCACGUUCGACCUGCCAGUCACGCUGCAAGAGAACAAGGCUGGCACCAUCAGCAUCACGGUCAACUGCCACAAGGUUGAUGCUGAUGAGUUCGCACUAGUCCAGGAAGUAGGACCUGUCCGCUACUCCGUGCACUCAAGCUUUACGGCUGGAUUGCUGAAAAUGUUGACGUCUAACGAUGACCGACUCGAGUCGUUGGCGUACCGUGUCCAGCUCCACAACAUCCCGCAGUUCCUGCCAACUGACAACGAGUGGAACAAGAAUUAUCCGACCAUCCAGCGGAUUUUUUCGCCCGAUUAUCCGGAGUCGCCGGUGCUGCGUCAAGCAGUCAUGACGCAACACGCCGUGAUCUACCAGCAUGGCGAGGAACGCACAAAAUACGGCUCCAUUGCGUCUCCUGCGGACUUUUUCGAGUUGGUCCACAACGGCAGACGUAACGACAAACCCGUGCUCUUCACGUACGCUAUUACGUCCAAGGGCUGGUACUUCUCCGAGACCGGUGCGGCCUUCUUCAAGGAUAUGUUGUCCAAGCACAUGUUACACUCCGGCGCCGCGUUCUCCGUCAAAUACGCUGGUGAAUUCCACAUUCAACAGACCGAUGACGACACAUUCAAACUCGUGAUCGACAACAAUAGCGGCACGUACGCCCCACCUCAAGAGCAAUUGCCGCAGCUUCAAGAGCUCAUGGAGAACAACUUCCCGGGGAUUAUUUGCGAAGCUCUGGACCGCGAUGAUGAAACAUUGGUGGAGGCGCGUAAGGAGAUUCUCGCGGCAUGGGAAUAAUAGCUUACUGUUUACUUAAGUAGAACACAAGCGAACACGUAACAUUUUUCUCAAAACUAGAUUUACAGUGGUUGUUUAGCG